CGCUAACCUACCGGCGCAUUAAUGUACUAUCGGAGCAAGUGGAGCAACCACAGUUUUAGGCUUGCCUGUAUUGUACAUUCCCGGGUACUCAUUGUGUCAUACUGUGUCAUUCUGUGUGUUUUCGUCGUCCUUGCAAGGCACUCGUCUUCCAUCACAACGCAACACUCAGGUUUUUUUAUUGUUUUUAAUAACGAUCUUUCGUUUUUCAUCACUAGCACCGUCAACUAUUCAGAAGAAUACGUUCCACUGCGUUUUUCGUCCGACAACGAACGAGCGACAAUCGGCUGAAUCCCGUUCACAGUGAAACUCCUUCGACAACCACGUUUUUAUUGUUCACCGCUCGCGACUCCACAAUGGCUCCAUCCACCAGAUCAACCAAUUGCCCAGAACAGUUAACAACCAUGUCCGACUUAUCAAAUCCCAAUGGAAACGCCAGACCUCAGAGAAAAUGUACAAGAUCAAAGAGGAUUUAUGAGGGUUAUGAGAUGACUAAAAUAACUAAACGCACUACAACUAAGAAACGUAGCAGCAGACAAUUUAAAAAGCCAUUAUUGCAUGUUGAUACUGCAUCAUCUGAAAGUGAAAGGCCAUCCAAUGUAUGUGUUACCCAGCCCAACGUAACUCAGCCUAACGUAACCCAGCCUAAUGUAACCCAGCCUAAUGUAACCCAGCCUAAUGUAACCCAGCCUAAUGUAACCCAGCCUAAUGUAACCCAGCCUAAUGUAACCCAGCCUAACAUAAUCCAGCCUUACAUAAUCAAGAGAAAUAAUGGCGAAGUAUACGUCAUUGUAAGCAAUUCGGAUAACAACGCUAACAAUUAUCCAUCUGAUCGACGAAUUGCUGAAUCUUUGUUCGUAAAUAUAUUUAACCAUAUAAACACUGUUGAUUAUAAUAACAAAAUAUUUCCUGGUUAUGACCUAAGUUUAAUUACAGAAUUCAAAAGAGACUUAGUGAGAAAAAACGUAAAUGCCUUUUUAAACAAAAAAUUGGGAUUAUGUUCAGUCAAAGAUUUGUACCAGGUCUUUUUAACUGAUAUAUGGUUAAACGAUUUAAUAGUGCAACAUUAUUUUAAUCUUCUGGGAAGCAAAUCUAACAAUACUAUAUACGUCUUAAGUACUUAUUUUUUUUUGGAUUUAAAGAGGCAUGGAAUUGAUGGAUUUACAGAAAGAUACUUAAAAAAUGUACGUUUACUUAAUUACUCUAAAGUUUUGGUUCCUACACACCUUGGCAAUCACUGGGUCUUAAUUGUUGUAGAUUUUAGUGAAAAAAAAAUAAUAUACUAUGAUAGCUUAGACUAUUUUGCCUCACUUUGUCCAAAAAUAUUGAUGUUGAAACAAUAUAUAAAUUUGGGACAUAUUGCAAAAGAGCCAAACUACCAGUAUGGCUCAAAUAUUACGGAUGUUUGCUCCGGGAUAUCCCCAAAACAGACUAAUGUGAAUGAUUGUGGGAUAUUCACUUGUACCAAUGCCAGGUACAAUAUGUGUAAUAAAUCAUCCACAUUUAAUCAGGAGGAUAUUCCUUUACUGAGACAAAAACUGUUUUACGAGAUGUUUUAUAACGAAUUGUUACCAAUUGAAUAAUUUUUUUUAACAAAGAUUCAGUUGAUAACAAUUUAUGAUAUUGUUACAUUGUAUAUUAAAAACUAUAAUUUAUUGUGUAUAAUUAAAUUUAAAAUUGUAUCUGACAAUUAGAUACAAGUCAGAAUAAUAUUCUUUUUUAACUUGUGUAAAUAUAUCUGUAUAAUUCUUAACAAAUAUCUUUCUUACUCAUUCUUACAAUUAUUUGUUAUGUUAUACCAAUAUUAUAUAUAAUACAUAUAUGUAUACUGGGUGAUUUUUUUUAUCAAACAAUUCUCAUUAUUUAAAAUAGUAUAGAUUUUUUUUUCAAAUUUCAAAUUUUAAUUUUUUUCUCUUUUAUAUUUAAUAGUUUAAAAACUCUCAACUUUUGAUUUUCAAAUAGCAAUAUUAAUAGUUUGAUAAAUUCAAUCACCUUGUAUACAUAUAUAUUAUAUAUACAUUGUGACGUUGAUUGUAUUUAAAUUUAAACACGCACAAUUUGUGGAAGAUGACCAGUUCCAUUUUAUUUUUGUAAUAAAUUUGACGGGUCUUAGUCUCAAGACUCACAUCAAUGUAAAAAUUAUGACUGAAUACCUACUAUGCUAUUUAUGACAUAAUUAUUAUUAUUAUUAUUAAGGAAAACUAAAUGUUAAAAAAAAUAUAUUUUUUAUAAUUAAUAUGAAAAAUAGAAACAUAAUCUAAUAUCAUAUUCUUGUAAUUGGACAUUUUUUCCGUCAAUAAAAUUAUUAUUAUUAUUAUAAGGUUAUAGUAGUUAGCUAAUAAGUUGUAACAUUGUAUUAAUAAUUAAAAGUUAAAUUUAAGCGAUGGUUUAAAUUUUUGUGAUAAUAAAUGUUAUUAUUAACAAA